AUGAUUUUUGAAAAUGAGGAUAAUUUUACAGAUGAUAUAUAAUCUGAAAAAAAAUAUUACGAAAGUGAUGAGGACAUUUAACCAUUAAAGGUAUUCUAUUUAAAGAAUUAAAAGAUAGGAGAUAUGAUUUAAAAUCGAUUUUUAAUAAGUUAGAAAAUUGGAGAAGGUUCAUUUGGAAGUAUUUUCAAAGUUCUUGAUAAAAAUAAUAAUAAUGCUAUAUGGGCUAUGAAGGUUGAAUCAGAAGAUGAUGAAAAUAGUCUUUUAGAAAAAGAAAUUAAAGUUCUUAUUGAAUUAAGGUAAAAUUAUAUCAUAUAAUUUUAGAAAAUAAUAAGGUUUUCCUUAAAUUAAAUUUUAUGGAUAAGAAAGAGGAUAUACUUAUUGUAUAAUGUCUAUGUUAGGAAAAAAUUUAGAACAAAUUUUUAGAAAAUUAGGAGGAAUAAUGAAUAUAGCCACUGUAAUAAGAUUAGCAAUUUAAGUAAGUAAAAUAAAAUGAUAUUAGCCUAAUAGAUGAUAGAUAGAAUUUCAGUGAUGCAUGAGAAUCGAUUACUUCAUCGUGAUAUAAAACCUGAUAAUUUUGUUAUUGAUUCAGGACCUAAUCCUAAGAUGAUUUAUUUAAUUGAUUUUGGGCUCUCAAAAAAUUAUAUUGUAUUUAUAUAUUAUAUUAAAUUUUAGAAUAAUAAAGGAGAACAUAUAUCUUAUGUUAAAAAAGCAGGGCUUAUUGGAACUGCAAGAUAUGCUUCUAUAAAUGCACAUAAAGAAAUGGAAUAAGGAAGAAGAGAUGAUCUUGAAAGUAUCGGCUAUGUUCUUAUUUAUCUUGCUUCUGGAAAUUUACCUUGGAUGAAUUUAUAAAUAGAUUCUAAAGAUGCUAAAUAUACUAAAAUUUAUUAAAUUAAAAAAGAAAUUAAGACAGAAAGUUUAUGUUUCAAUUUACCAAAAGUAUAAAAUCAUCUUUUAAUAUUAGUGUUUCUAUUUCUAUAUGAAUGAUGUAAAAUCUUUAGAAUUUACAGAAAAUCCUAAUUAUGAUAAAUUAAAAUCAUAUUUUGAAAAAGAAAUAGAAAAUAACACUAAAUAAAAUAUUAAUUCUUCAUCAUUUACAUAUGAUUGGGAAAGACUACCAGAAUACAAUAAAUAAAAAAAGCAUUAGACAGUUCAUGUUAUGCAUGUAAAUUCUUAUUAAUCUAGAAUUAAGAUAAACAAUAAUAAGUAGAAAUUGCAUUCAAUCCAAAUAAAUUAAAUUAAAUUUCUAAAUAAAAUUAAUUUAUUAAUCAAUAAACAAAAGAUUCUUAAUAAAAAUCUAUAUAGAAUUAAUAACUUACUUUUGAAUAAAUAAUGAAUGAAAAAAGAAAAGAAACCAAAAAGGCUUUCCAUAGUCCUACAGGCAAAAGUAAAAAAAUAGCAUUUAUUAUUACCUUUUUAGAAAACACCGACAACAAUUAAUAAAAUUUUUUGUCUCCAAUAAAACCUGAUGAUAAUAGAAUUUUAAGAAUAUAGAAUCAUUCUUCUACAUAACUCUAAAAUCCUUAAAUUAAUUCAUCAUAUUAAUUAGACUCUUUUAUUUUACCUUCUGUAGCUACAUCAAAAAUAAUUAAUUAUUUUGAAAGUGAAAUUGUAGUUAGUGAAGGUGGAGGAUUACCAAUAUGGGAUUUAUGUUAAGAAUCAAAAAAUAAAUUCUAAAAAGUUACAGGAAUUUUAGAAGGAAUAAAGAAACCUAGUUUAAUAAUAUUGAGAAAAGAAAGAAAAAUACAUACAUGUAUAAUUAUUAAUAUAAACUUUUAGAAAUCGAUACUAUUAAAUUAAUGCAAGAAUUAUUUGUUCCUCCUAUUAAAUUAAUUGGAGAUUAAGAAUCAAAUAUUGAAGGUUUAGAAUGA